AUGGAGGUCGCCUCUCCAGGGGUGCCCAACGGUCUGGCGGCGCCGACCCAGGCGCCCUUGGUGGACCCAAACGUCGUGGUCCAGUAUCUCUCAGAAGUUCUGCAGGUGACACUGGGAGCUUCGAAGGAGGAUCUGGAGAGCACGGGGAGCCUGUUAUCAAAGGCGAAAUAUUCCGAGACUGUACAGAGAUGUACGCGUUUCGCCUCUGAUUCCCAAACGGCUCUGUAUGUGCAGAAGGACCUUGUCAGUGCAGAGGAGCCAAAUGGGACCGAAGAUGAAGAUCCAUCGCCAGCUCGGUAUACCUAUACCCUCUCUUCAGAAAUCUUCUUUUCUUCCACGACAGUUGCCUCGGUAGCCUUUGUCAAACGCCCUGCGCCAAUUGAUCCGAACCUCCCCAUAUCGGCCCAGGUUCAGAUCACAAACUUUCCGGGUCUAUUAACCCUCAGCAAUUCACAGACUCAGCAGGGCACCUCCGUGUCUGCUUUCGAGGUUUUGCACUCGAUGGUGCACAACGCUCUCAGCCCAUACUUCGAAGCCUACACGCGCGGUCAGGAAGCAGCAAAUGGGACCAAGCAGAGAACGGAUACAGAAGCAAAGACGGGUGUGCCGGGCACGAAGAAGCGCAUUGCAGAGUUGGAGCUAAGCCUUUUGCAUCUGCAGCAAAAUGUCGAGAUUCCAACUCUCAACCUCCCUCUCCAUGAGAUAGUCCAGGCUGCAUUGGAUGAGGCCGAAGCUCGAGGUGUCAAACCCUCUGUGGAGCUAAUUCCACCGGCUGCUCUGGAAAAUAGCACUGUCCUGAACAGCAUCCAAAAUACUGUCAACGGCUGGAUCAAGUCUAUCCAAACAAUUACGAAGAUGUCUCGGGAUCCCGAGAGCGGCUCAGCAGCACAAGAGAUCAAUUUCUGGCUAUCCAUGGAGACGGCACUGGAAGGUAUCGAGAAACAGCUACGCGGUGAUGGGGUCCAACUUACCAUGGAGAUACUUCGGCACGCCAAGCGAUACCAGGCGACCCUGAGUUUCGUCGCCGACACGGGGCUUAGGGAGGCCAUGGACACGGUCCAAAAGUACAACCAGCUUAUGCGAGACUUUCCUUUGGACGAACUUCUAUCCGCAACUUCGUUGCAGAAAGUCCAGGAGUCGCUAGGCAUGAUAUUCAAUCAUCUCAACAGGAAGCUAAAGAUAUCUCCUUACCCCAUUAAGAGAGCCCUAGCCCUCGUGGAGGCGAUAUCCGGUGAUCUGGACGCCCAGAUUCACGCCUUGCUCCGCGGCCGGCCGAUAAUGUACCUGGAUUAUCGGGAAUUCCGCUCACUUAUGAAGACGUGCAGUGCCAUCUGGCGAACUUGGGAUGAAAACGUGAAAGAAUUCACCAAUGUUGGUCGUGAAGCAUCGAGACGACGCAACGAAAAAUUCAUCCCAAUCAAGAUUAACCCCAGGCAUACCAAGACCCAAGAACGUUUGAAAUACAUCAACACGUUCCGAGUUAAUCACGAGCAAUUGCAGAGGACGAUUGUCAACGUGUUGGGUCCGAAGUCGUCUGCGUCCGGCAAUACUGCUGGUGCCGGCACUGCCACAGAUGGGGCUGUCAUAGUGGAGGAGAUCGGCGACGUUGACGCCGUUGAGGAGGUUGCCCAAGCCUAUGCCGCCUUCAAAGACGUUGACGUGCUCGAUGUGAGCCCCGAAGGUACCCAACUCUGGAUUCAGGCGGAGAUUGCCUACAAUGAGCGUACUUCGCGUGUUGAAAACUCCAUUAUCGCUCGCCUUAGAGAUCGUCUUGCGACAGCUAAGAAUGCGAAUGAGAUGUUCCGUGUCUUUUCCAAAUUCAACGCUCUCCUUGUUCGGCCUAAAAUCCGAGGAGCUAUCAGCGAAUACCAAACGACCCUCAUUGAAAACGUCAAGCAAGAUAUCUCUGCACUGCAUGAGCGAUUCAAACAGCAGUAUGGCCACUCAGAGGCUCACGCGAUGGCUCAGUUGCGGGAUCUCCCUCCGGUCUCUGGAGCCAUCGUGUGGGCUCGUCAAAUCGAGCGUCAAUUGAAUGCAUACAUGCGAAAGGUCGAAGACGUCCUGGGAGAGGACUGGCAUUUGCAUUCUGAGGGCCAGAAACUCCAGGCUGAGAGCAAUAUGUUCCGCAAGAAGCUCGACACAAGGCCUGUCUUUGAGUCUUGGCUUCACGAUGUUCAGCGGCGCCAUAUCACAAUAUCGGGGCGACUUUUCAACAUCGUCCGCAACCGAGCUGCAGGAAAUUCCUUGGAGUUGACUGUUAACUUUGACGCGCAGAUCAUUGCUCUCUUCAAGGAAGUGAGGAAUCUCAUGUGGCUGAACUUUCAGGUCCCUCAUGCUGUCAGCAGUAUAUCGAAGGAGGCUAAACGCGUUUACCCCUACGCCAUCAGCCUAAUGGAAAGCGUCCGUACCCUGCUUCAGACAACUCGCACAAUAGCCUCCAUGACCGAUGUCGCCAUAUUAUUAAGUGGAUACCAGAACGAUGCUCAGGCCAUGAUCGUUAAAGGCAUCCCUCUGAGAUGGGAGUCGUUUGUACAUUCGUAUGAACUACAUGUGAAACAGUCCACGUUAGCUAACGGCUCCAUUGACCCAUCUAUGCCGGGAAGGGGUGAGAGCAAACACGUCCAAUUUGUCCGUGAAUUUGCGGUGUCCGCUUCGGUUCUCCAGUCAAAGACAGCAACCUUGGCUUCCAUUAAUGAGAGCAUCCAGAAAGCGGUUUUGGAGCUCAAAACAUGUCCUUAUGACGCCGCAGCUUUCAGACAACGUCUCGAUUCUAUCCAGAUGGCAGUCGACAAAUUGAAUCUGGAAAAUUACGUCAAUCUCGGUUAUUGGGUUUCGAACUUGAACCUUAAGAUUGAAUCUAUCCUCCGUGAGCGUCUCCAUCGGGCGAUACGUGUCUGGAUUGCUGCAUUUCAGCAAUCAAACGACGAACAACACUCGAAGCGGAUAUCGGUUCAAGAGGUCCAAGAGAGGCCUUCCUCGGCAGGCGACACGGAAACCGAUAUCUACCGUAUCGAGUUUCCCAGGCUUGUCCACGAGGUAUCGAUGCGAAAUCAGGUUCUGCAUCUUGAUCCGCCACUGCAGUUUGCCAGGGCAAGCUGGUUUGCCCACCUUGCUCAGUGGCUUGGCGUAAUCUGUAAUCUUGAGAAGAUCAAGUCAUCACGUUACCAAAUAUCAAUCGAUGUGGAGAAGGCACGGUUGUCCGAAACUUCUUUUGUCAAUCUUCCCCAACACUGCACCGCCGAAUUGACUGAGGUUUACGGCGCCAUAGAAGCCAGACUUCAGGAAAUCUCAGCUUAUGUUGAUAAAUGGCUCCAGUUCCAGUCUCUUUGGGAUCUGCAGGCUGAACAAGUGUACGAUGUUCUGGGCGAUGACCUGUCUCAGUGGCUGCAGCUCCUUCAGGAAAUUCGCAAGAGUCGCGCCACUUUCGACACGUCCGAGGUCAGCCGGUCCUUUGGUAACAUUACGAUCGACUACGAGCAGGUUCAAACCAGGGUCAAUGCGAAGUAUGAUCAGUGGCAGCACGAGAUCCUCCUGAAAUUCGGUGCAAAACUUGGCGCUCGCAUGAGAGAAGUUCAUGCGGAAAUUGCCGCAGCCCGCAGAGACCUAGAGGGUCAAACUCUGGAAGCUUCUUCAACCGCACAUGCUGUGUCUUUCAUAACCAUUGUCCAGCAGUGCAAGCGCAAGGCAAAGGUCUGGGAGCCUCAAGUUGAUCUCUUCCGGCAAGGUCAAACAACGCUUUCUCGCCAGCGUUACCAGUUCCCCAAUGAUUGGCUUCACGUCGAGAACGUGGAUGGGGAGUGGGCCGCUCUGAAUGAGCUUCUGGCAAGAAAGAGCAAGAUUGUUCAGGAUCAGACCGAGGCUCUUCGCGCGAAGAUUGCUGCGGAGGACAAGGUUAUUGGAGACAAGAUUGCUGAAGUCAUUGCACAGUGGAAUGAGGAAAAACCUGUUUCCGGCACCAUCCCCCCCGAAGAAGCAUCUCGCACCUUGAGUUCCUUCCAGUCCCGACUUGAAGCGCUUCAGUCAGAAUUCGAGAUGGUUUCGAAGGCAAAGGAGGCAUUGGAUCUUCCUGCCAGUGCCGAGUCUUCGCUGCCAACGAUCUUGGAGGAGGUACAAGACUUCAUGUCCGUAUGGGCUGCUCUUUCAACGAUCUGGAAGAGUCUGAACGAGCUUCGUGACAUGCUAUGGAACAGUGUACAGCCAAGGAAGCUUCGACAGUCCCUCGACGGUCUCAUCAAGAUGACAAAGGAAAUGCCGAGUCGGAUGCGCCAAUAUGCUGCAUUCGAGCAUAUCCAGAAUGUCUUGCGCCAGCUCCUGAAAGUCAACCCCUUGCUUUCUGACCUGAAGUCUGAGGCGAUCAAAGAGAGACACUGGCAGAAGAUUUUCAAGGCCCUCAAGCCUGGCAAGAGAUUCUCCCAAGUAUCUCUCACCCUCGGAGACGUUUGGGACCUGCAGCCUGCAGCAAGCGAAAGCGUCAUCCGUGACAUUAUUGCGCAAGCUCAAGGCGAGAUGGCACUGGAAGAGUUCUUAAAGUCGGUCCGGGAGACCUGGCAGAAUUAUUCGUUAGACCUCGUUAACUACCAGAACAAGUGCCGUCUUAUUCGCGGCUUCGACGAUCUGUUCGCCAAGUGCAGCGAGAACCUGAAUUCUCUGCAGGCAAUGAGACAUUCGCCAUAUUACAAAGAAUUCGAGGAAGAAGCGUCGACUUGGGAAGACAAGCUCAACAGAGUACACGUUCUUUUCGACGUUUGGAUAGAUGUCCAACGUCAAUGGGUGUACCUUGAAGGCGUGUUCAGCGGUAACGCUGAUAUCAAACACCUCCUUCCUCUGGAGUCAGCACGGUUUCAGAACAUUAAUUCCGAAUUCUUCGCCGUGAUGAAGAAGGUCUACAAGUCACCUUAUGUACUAGACGUGCUUGCCAUCAACGGCGUUCAGAAAUCCUUGGAAAGACUGGCUGAACUUCUCAACAAAAUUCAGAAAGCGUUGGGCGAAUAUCUCGAGCGCGAACGUGUUUCGUUCCCUCGCUUCUACUUCGUCGGUGACGAAGACCUUCUUGAAAUCAUUGGCAAUAGUAACGAUACGGUCCGGGUAUCUAAGCAUUUCAAGAAGAUGUUCGCUGGUCUCUCUGGGCUUUUGAUGGAUGACGAUAACAAUAUAGUUGGUUUCACGUCAAAGGAAGGGGAAGAGGUUCGAUUGAAACGAGAAGUCAACCUCACCAAAACGCCCAGGAUCAAUGACUGGCUUUCAGCUUUGGACCACAAUAUGAAGUUGACGUUGGCAGAGCUUCUCGCAGAGGCCGUGGAACAGUUCGAGACAAUAUACCACGCUCCUGAGGUUGAUCAGACCGCAUUUAACGACUAUCUUGCGAAUUAUCCUGCUCAGAUUGUCGUCCUUGCCAGCCAGGUAGUCUGGACAAAUGCCGUCCAGAAAUCUCUCGAGAAUGGUGGAAAGGACCUCUCUGCAUUAUACGAUGCAGAAGUUCGAAUCCUUGAAUUACUCGCUGCCACUGUCCUAGGGGAGCUCGAUACCAUCACAAGGAAGAAAUGCGAGCACAUGAUAACUGAGUUUGUGCAUCAGCGCGAUGUCAUUGCGAAACUGAUCAAAUUUAACGCAUCAUCUCCGAACCAUUAUCUCUGGUUGCUUCAAAUGCGCUAUGUUUACAAGCCUGAAGGCGAUUUCCUGCAGCGGCUUUACAUUCACAUGGCAAAUGCGAAGUUGGACUACGGCUUUGAGUAUUUGGGCGUUCCUGAACGUCUUGUCCGAACUCCUUUGACGGACCGAUGUUUCCUCACUCUGACUCAAGCUCUUUGCCAGAGAUUGGGAGGUUCUCCUUACGGGCCGGCCGGUACAGGUAAAACUGAAUCAGUUAAAGCGCUGGGUCUUCAACUUGGCCGCUUUACACUCGUAUUUUGCUGUGAUGAUACGUUCGAUUUCCAAGCUAUGGGUAGGAUCUUUCUUGGUAUCUGCCAGGUUGGCGCCUGGGGUUGCUUUGACGAGUUCAACCGUUUGGAAGAGAGAAUUCUCUCAGCCGUAUCACAGCAAAUCCAGAACAUCCAGAUUGGGCUGAGAAAAGGUGGUGACGAUGAAAAGGCGCAGAUUGAAUUGGUAGGCAGGCGCUUGCGAGUGCACCCGAACACUGGCAUUUUCAUCACCAUGAACCCUGGCUAUGCGGGACGGUCGAAUCUGCCGGAUAACUUGAAGAAGCUGUUCAGAAGCGUUGCCAUGUCGAAGCCUGAUAAGGAACUUAUCGCCGAGGUUAUGCUUUUCUCGCAAGGCUUCAAGCAAGCGAAGGCGCUGUCCAAACAGACAGUUCCUUUCUUCGAUCACUGCUCAACAAGAUUGUCGAAACAAGCGCAUUACGAUUUCGGUCUUCGUGCGCUGAAAAGCGUCCUUGUCAGCUCAGGAGGCCUCAAGCGUGUGCGCCUCGCUAACUCCAAUGGUGACCUCGGUCCUGAUGAAAUUAUUGAGCCCCAGAUAAUUGUUCAGAGCAUUCGCGAAACCAUCGCACCCAAGCUGAUCCGUGAAGAUGUGGACAUCAUGUUGGAGAUCCAGGCGCAGGAUUUCCCAGGAGUGGAGUAUGUCCCUGCUAAUUUUGACAGACUCACUGAAGCGAUUCGCGAUAUUGCCAAGGAAAACCACUACGUUGAUAGCGACACGUGGAUCACCAAGACGCUUCAGCUGUAUCAGAUCCAAAGCAUUCAUCAUGGUGUCAUGAUGGUUGGCCGGUCUGGCUCCGGCAAAUCAUCUGCAUGGAAGGUCCUCCUACAAGCUCUACAACGAGUCGAAGGUGUCGAAGGUGUCUGCCACAUUAUUGAUUCCAAGGUGAUGUCCAAGGAAGCACUCUAUGGUAAUCUGGACAGCACCACAAGAGAAUGGACUGAUGGUCUGUUUACUGGCAUUCUGAGGAAGAUCGUCGAUAACUUGCGAGGAGAGGAUUCGAAACGCCACUGGAUUGUCUUCGAUGGAGAUGUCGACCCAGAAUGGGUAGAAAACCUCAACAGCGUUCUGGAUGACAACAAAUUACUGACGCUGCCCAAUGGUGAGCGUCUGAACUUGCCGCCCAAUGUCCGUAUCAUGUUUGAAGUGGAGACACUUAAGUAUGCAACACUGGCCACUGUGAGUCGUUGUGGUAUGGUAUGGUUCAGUGAUGAUACCGUUACGCCGUCAAUGAUGGUCACCAAUUAUGUCGAGUCGCUCAAGACCAAGACCUUUGAGGACUUGGAUGAUGAUAGUGCACCAGCUGGGCAGGCAUCUAUCAAGACCCAGGGCGUUCAGGAAAUGUUCUCCGAAUUCCUUCGACAAUUCCUGCAGGGCGACGAUCUUGUUCUGAAGGCGCUCGAAGAAGCGAAGAAAUACAACCACAUCAUGGAAUUUACGGAUAUCCGCGCUCUGAAUACUCUGUUCAGCCUGUUGAACAAGGCCUGUCGAAAUGUUCUCGAAUACAACAUCCAACACGUUGACUUCCCACUCGAUCCGGAACAAAUCGAGUCCUACCUUGCCAAAAAACUCCUUCUCGCGCUUGUAUGGUCAUUUACAGGCGACUGUCCUUUGGGUGAUCGCAAGGCCUUUGGAGAAUACCUGACAGCAUUCUCCACAAUUGACACGCCGCCGCUUGGCGAUUCCGCUUCGCUAAUCGACUUUGAUGUCACUCUACCUAAGGCUGAAUGGGUCCCUUGGCAAUCUCAGGUGCCGUCUGUCGAGAUCAACACACAUUCUAUUACCCAGACCGAUGUCAUCAUCCCAACGUUGGAUACCGUACGCCACGAAGAUAUCCUUUAUUCAUGGCUUGCCGAACACAAGCCCUUAUUGCUUUGCGGUCCUCCUGGAUCUGGAAAGACUAUGACUCUCUUUUCCGCACUGAGGAAACUACCUAACAUGGAGGUCGUGGGGUUGAACUUUUCCAGCGCCACUACCCCAGAUCUUCUGAUCAAGACCUUCGAGCAAUAUUGCGAAUACCGGAAGACUCUCAACGGCGUGGUUAUGUCUCCGAAUCAAAUCGGACGUUGGUUGGUCAUCUUUUGCGAUGAAAUCAACCUGCCUGCCCCCGAUCGAUAUGGCACGCAACGUGCGAUAUCAUUCUUGAGGCAGCUUGUUGAGCAGAACGGAUUUUGGAGAACGUCUGACAAAACGUGGGUGACGCUCGAGCGCAUCCAAUUCGUCGGCGCAUGUAAUCCUCCGACAGAUGCAGGACGCACGCCCUUGGCAGAGCGAUUCUUGCGUCAUGCGCCCUUGAUGAUGGUCGACUACCCUGGAGAACUCUCCCUGAUACAGAUCUACGGUACAUUUAAUGCUGCUGUUCUCAAGAUCAUUCCCACGCUGCGGGGUUAUUCCGACGCUCUUACAAAGGCAAUGGUCCAGUUCUACUUGGAGUCUCAAGCUAGAUUCACACCCAAGAUUCAGCCACACUAUGUUUACUCACCCCGUGAGCUUACGAGAUGGGUUCGCGGUGUGUACGAGGCUAUUAAACCUCUGGACAAUCUGUCCGUUGAAGGGCUUGUUCGGAUCUGGGCUCAUGAGGCUCUGCGCCUGUUCCAGGAUCGUCUCGUUGCUGAAGAGGAGCGGAAGUGGACAGCUGAUUCGGUGCGGCGUAUCGCCUUGGAGCAUUUCCCUACAAUCGAUGAAGAACAGGCACUAAAGGGACCCAUCCUAUUCUCCAAUUGGCUGUCUAAGAAUUAUGUCCCCGUCGAACAAGAGCAACUCCGGGAGUUUGUCAAGGCUCGUUUGAAGACAUUCUGUGAAGAGGAAGUGGAUGUUCCCUUGGUUCUCUUCAACGACGUCCUGGAACAUGCCCUUCGCAUUGACCGGGUCUUUAGACAGCCUCAAGGUCACCUUAUUCUUAUUGGUGUUAGUGGAAGCGGCAAGACUACGCUUUCGCGGUUUGUCGCAUGGAUGAAUGGUCUAAAGGUCUUCCAGAUCAAGGUGCAUGGGAAAUACUCCUCUGAAGACUUCGAUGAAGACCUGAGAAAUGUUCUCCGGCGAGCAGGAUGCAAGGGUGAAAAGAUCUGUUUCAUCAUGGACGAAUCCAACGUCCUCGACUCCGGUUUCCUGGAGCGGAUGAACACGCUGCUUGCAAAUGCUGAGGUGCCAGGUCUGUUUGAAGGCGAUGAGUUUGCCUCCCUCAUGACCGCUUGCAAGGAAGGCGCACAGCGGCAGGGUCUGCUUCUUGACUCCCAGGAAGAGCUUUACAAAUGGUUCACGCAGCAGAUCGUCAAGAAUCUCCACGUCGUAUUCACAAUGAAUCCUCCCGAGGAUGGAUUAUCGUCAAAGGCCGCAACAAGUCCCGCGCUCUUCAAUCGGUGCGUUCUGAACUGGUUUGGCGAUUGGUCUGAUCAAGCGCUGUUCCAGGUUGGAACUGAGCUUACGCAAUCGGUGGAUCUCGACAAACCGAACUUCACAGCGCCUGACAGCAUUCCAGUGGCGUACCGCGACCUUAGCCUUCCGGCUUCUCAUCGUGAGACGGUCGUGAACGCAAUGGUGUACAUCCAUUACUCCUUGCAGAAAUUCAACCAGCGUCUCCAGAAACAGCAAGGCAGAACCACCUAUCUCACCCCUCGUCAUUAUCUCGACUUUGUGGCUCAGUAUGUCAAGCUUUUCAACGAAAAGCGAGAAGACCUCGAAGAACAACAGCGACACUUGAAUGUGGGUCUUGAAAAACUGAGAGACACGGUCGAUAAAGUCCGCGAUCUUCGUGCGAGUCUUGCUCAGAAGAAGGAGCAGCUGGAGAAGAAAGACGCUGAAGCAAAUGAGAAACUGCAGCGCAUGGUUGCGGACCAGCGCGAGGCGGAACAACGCAAGGCAGCCUCUCUUGAGAUCCAAGCUGCUUUGGAAAAGCAGGAACAGGAGAUCGCUCGGCGGAAGGAGGUCGUGUUGAAUGACCUUGCCAGAGCGGAACCUGCUGUCGUGGAAGCUAAGAAGAGUGUCAGCAACAUCAAGCGUCAACACCUGACCGAAGUCCGUUCCAUGGGCAGUCCUCCCGCAAGUGUCCGGCUCACAUUGGAAGCUGUAUGCACCUUGCUUGGUCACAAGGUCGACAGCUGGAAGACGAUCCAAGGAAUUAUCCGACGAGAUGACUUCAUCGCCAGCAUUGUGAAUUAUGACAAUGAACGACAAAUGACUCGUAGCCAUCGAGUCAAGAUGAAGAACGAAUACUUGUCCAAGGAGGACUUCACUUACGAAAGGGUCAAUCACGCAAGCAAGGCGUGCGGUCCGCUGGUACAGUGGGUGGAAGCGCAAGUAAACUAUUCUGAGAUUCUGGACCGUGUCGGACCCUUGCGUGAAGAAGUUGAGCAGCUUGAAGAGCAGGCACUCCAAACAAAGGCCGAAGCACAAGCUAUCGAGAAUACUAUUCAGAAUCUGGAGAAAAGUAUCGCCACUUAUAAGACUGAAUACGCUGCUCUUAUCAGCGAAACCCAAGCGAUCAAGGCCGAGAUGGCUAGGGUUCAAUUCAAAGUUGAUAGGAGUGUGCGGUUGCUUGAUAGUUUGGCUUCAGAACGGGCACGAUGGGAAGAAGCAAGCAAAUCUUUCGAAACGCAAAUCAACACACUUGUGGGAGAUGUUCUCAUUGCUGCCGCGUUCCUUGCCUACUCUGGUCUAUAUGAUCAACAGUUCCGCAAGGCAAUGGUUGAGGACUGGGUUAACCAUCUGUCGCAGUCUGGUAUUGCUUUCAAGCCACACAAUCCUAUCACUGAAUACCUGUCGAAUGCGGACGAGCGUUUGACAUGGCAGGAAAAUUCACUUCCAGUCGACGACCUUUGCACGGAGAAUGCGAUCAUCCUCAAACGCUUCAACCGCUACCCUCUCAUCAUCGACCCCUCUGGACGGAUCACUGAGUUCCUCCAGAAGGAAAGCAAGGAACGAAAGCUCACGGUCACUAGUUUCUUGGAUGACUCAUUUGUCAAGCAGCUUGAGAGUGCGCUGCGGUUCGGAAAUCCCAUUCUCAUUCAGGACGCCGAACAUCUGGACCCCAUCCUCAAUCACGUUCUCAACAAGGAAUAUCAGAAGACCGGAGGCCGUGUCCUGAUCCAGCUUGGCAAACAGGAAAUCGACUUCUCCCCGUCCUUUAAGCUUUUCCUGUCCACAAGAGAUCCUUCGGCGUCGUUCCCGCCGGAUAUCUGCAGCAGAACGACCUUCGUCAACUUCACUGUGACGCAGAGCAGCCUUCAAACUCAGUCACUGAAUGAGGUGCUGAAAGUGGAGCGUCCCGAUGUGGAUGAGCGCAGGACGAACCUGAUCAAGUUGCAAGGAGAGUUCAAGAUUCAUCUCCGGCAGCUGGAGAAACGUCUUCUGCAGGCGUUGAAUGAGUCUCGCGGCAACAUUCUUGACGACGAUAACGUCAUCGAGACACUAGAGACGCUCAAGAAAGAGGCUGCCGAGAUCACCAGAAAGAUGGCGGAGACCGAAGGUGUAAUGACGGAGGUAGAGAACAUCACACUCCAGUACAACAUCAUCGCCCGGUCGUGCAGUGCGGUGUUUGCGGUGCUGGAGCAGCUGCAUCAUAUCAACCAUUUCUAUCAAUUCUCUCUACAGUACUUCGUCGACAUCUUCAACUCGGUGCUCCAUGACAACAAGAACCUUGCCCAUGAGAAGGACUAUGCCAAGCGCGUUCAGAUCAUCCUUCGCGAUCUCUUCGUCACCACAUAUCAGCGCACUUCUCUCGGAUUGCUGCAAAAGGAUCGCAUUACGUUGGCCAUGUUGCUCGCCCAAGCCGCUCCAUACCCUAUGGAUAAAAGUAUUAUCGAUAUCAUUCUCGACGAGAGCGUGGAAGGGGUCGAUUUAUCUACCAACGUGGAUCUACGGGACCAGGUGAUGAACAAACUCUCCAAUAUGUCGCUCUUCAAGUCCCAUCUGCCCAACAUCUCCAAGGAGGCGUGGGAUGCAUUCCUCACAGAGGAGCUGGCAGAGAAUUUCGUGCCUACGGUCUGGGACGAGAACACGGAGCCACUGAAUCAAAAACUUCGCUCCCUUCUGCUUGUCAAGCUCUGCCGGAUGGAUCGGUUUGUUCCCACGGCCGAGCGCUUCAUCACUGCAGUCUUCGGUGACGAGUUCUUCGAAGGUAGUAGCGAUCUGAAGGAGGUGGUUGAACAAGUCACCGCCACGACACCAAUCGCUUUGAGUUCAAGCCCCGGCUUUGACGCCAGUUACAAGGUUGACGCUCUGGUGGAACGCGUACACGCCACCUGCGCCAACAUUGCCAUGGGUUCGAACGAAGGGCUGGAGAGCGCAGACAAGGCAAUCAGCAAUGCUGCUGCAGCCGGAACCUGGGUGAUGGUCAAGAAUGUCCAUCUCGCGCCAUCGUGGCUCCAGAGCCUGGAAAAGCGCCUUGAGUCCCUCAAGCCUCACAGGGACUUCCGGCUCUUCCUCUCGAUGGAGACCAGCCCCAAGAUCCCUGUCAACCUACUCCGCGCCUCUCGUGUGCUCAUGUUUGAGCAGCCUGCGGGCAUACGGGCCAACAUGAAGGAUUCUCUGUCCUCGCUUGCGCUACGCGCUACCAAGCCUCCUGUCGAAAAGACUCGCGUGUACCUUUUACUCUCCUUCUUGCAUGCGGUCGUUCAGGAGAGACUCCGCUACGCACCAAGUCUGGGUUGGAAGGGUUUCUGGGAAUUCAAUGACAGUGACUACGAAUGCUCUGCAUUCAUCAUCGAUUCCUGGAUCGAUUCGGUUGCCCAGGGCCGCUCUAAUGUAGCGCCCCAGAAGCUUCCUUGGGACAUGAUCCGCACCCUGAUCACCGAGACUUAUGGAGGCAAGAUCGACGACGCAGGUGACUUCCAGCAGCUGGAGAAUCUCGUCAACAGCUUCCUCACUCCGGCUGCUUUUGAGAAUGAUCACAAGAUGGUCUCUGGGGUUGAAAACGACGAGUGUUUGGCGCUACCUGGCGGGACCAGCCUCCGGGACUUUACUGAAUGGGUGAACCGUCUUCCAGAACGAGAGCCGCCUACCUAUCUUGGUCUCCCGGCCAACGCGGAGAAGCUGCUGCUGGUGGGACACGGCAAGAAGAUGAUCUCGGAUGUGGCCCGGGUGACGACCCUGCUGGACGAGGGCGAACAGUUGAUGGUGGAAGCGUGA